AUGGCUAAUACAAUGAUUGCAACUAAAAGUGUUAACUAUAAUAAUUCUGAAAGUGCUAAACAAAACUUGUUAAACAAUGUCAAAGUACAAGUGAAGAAGCUUAUGGAAGAGGCUGUAAUUCGCAGUUAUGUUCAUGAAGAUAGUGAAACAAUCACAAAAUUUUGUUCAUCAGUUGAAACUGUCCUACUCAAUGGUAUUCGCCGGAGUAUAUUCACGUGGAUGGAAGAAGAGACAACAUUUAUACUAUGCCAAAAAAUUGCGAAAUUCUGUCCUGAGGCCCAACAAACUCUAGAUCGUAUGGAAUUUCAUAAACAGGCUAUUUUAAAAAGACGGAAUGAUCAUCAAUCGAAGGGGAAUAAUUCACCUUUAUGCAUUAAAACGAAAUCUUCUAAUUCACUGUUAUCACCAUCACCAUCAUCGUCAUCAUCAUCAUCAUCAUCUGAAAAGUCAUCUCCUUCAAUGCAUUUCACCUUCUGGGCGAACGAAAACAAGAACAAUUUUCAUCAAAGUAAUAAUACUACAUUAGUAAAUGGUCGUCGAGAUACUGCCUUUCAAAAUUUUUGGAUUCGUGUUGCCCUCUUGGAGAAAGUUCUAGAUAAGAUUGUAUAUUUUCUUACUAUACAUUCAUCACAGUAUUAUGAACAUUGUUCUAUCAUAGCUGAUCCAUGUGAUGGACAACUAAUUACUGAUCUGUUACGUGGUCCAUGCACAAUUGACUAUUCACGUACACGAACAUCAGAUCACUUGUUCACAGAUCCUCCAGUCUCUGAAUUGAUUCAACGUCAUGGUAUCUACGGAGGAUUAAUGUCUAGACAGUUAAGCUAUGUCCCACCUGUAAGCCAACAAUUAACAACAGAUGAACAGACACCAGAAGAUGAUGAUGAUGAUGAAGAUAAUGACAAUAUUCCUACUGAUACUACUGAAAUCAAUAGUAAUAAUACUUCUCCGAUGGAUUUAUUGAAACAAAGUCAAAAACUGUUGAACACUGACAAAGUUAAUCACAAUGAUACUAAUUUAAAUGACAACUCAAAGAGAAAAACGAAAUAUAUCAGUAUUCCAGCGAUUACUAUGAAUCCCCUUGAAGAAGAGAAAGAAGAUGAUAAGAUAGGAUUAGGAUAUGAAGAAGAUGAUGACGGAAUUUCACAUUUACCUAUCGAUAGUAUUAUUAAUAAUAAUCGAAAACGCUAUAGCAAUCGAAAGAAUGAUUUGAAUGCUGGUAAUUUAAAUGCCCUAAAUCAAUCAGGAUGGAUGACUAAACGAGCUAGUUCACCGCUUCUUAAUGUGAAUGAUCUUCCCACCAGUCGAGGAAUACGAACUGGUUCAUGUGCACUUCUGCCUCAAAUUAAUGAAUACAAUUCAACCAAAUCGAAUCGGAAUCCUAAAUCAACCAAAAAUAUAGCAUUAGCAGCUAAAGAUCAUGUGGAAUCAAUGCAUCAAAGUUUGAAAACCAUACUAUUAUACGGAAAAAAUAAUGUUUAA